AUGAACAAUACUAUAUCCAACCUUUCUGCUGGGCUCAGAAACGUCCGUAUCAACCAGCCGAUCAACCAUACAAGCAUCCAGAAUGAGUACGAGUCACAGACAAAUCAGACGCUCGACUCGGAGUCUGUUUCGAGACUGAAGGAGUUUUUCUCGCAGGGGGCUCCAAACGAAGGAUAUACCUUGGUGAGCCACAGGUCUGCGCCGAACGGGUUCAAGAUCGCCAUUAUUUUGUCCGAGUUGGAGCUCAACUACAGCACGAUUCUGCUCGACUUCAACAAGGGCGAGCAGCGCACACCGGAGUUCCUUGCCAUCAACCCCAACGGGCGGGUUCCUGCGCUCAUAGACCACACCAACCAGGACCAACAGGUAUCUAUUUGGGAAAGCGGGGCCAUCAUCUUGUAUUUGGUGGAAAAGAAACUGAAGGAGGAAGGCUCGUGUUCCAUCUGGAGCGAUAAUCUGAUCGAACAGAGCCACAUUUUGAGUUGGUUAUUCUUCCAGACCUCGGGCCAUUCCCCGAUGAUCGGACAGGCGUUGCAUUUCAAGUACUUCCAUUCCACAAACGUGGCCUCGGCCAUCGACAGAUACUCGGACGAGGUGCGUCGAGUCUACGGAGUGUUGGAAAUGGCACUUGCCGAACGCAGAGAGGCCCUGAUCAUGGAACUUGACGCAGAAAAUGCCGCGUCCUACUCGGCAGGCCUCACCCCGCUGUCCCAGAGCAGAUACUUUGACUACCCCGUCUGGCUGGUCGGGGAUCGCGUCACCAUUGCCGAUCUCUGUUUCGUCACAUGGAACUACGUUGUCGACCGCAUUGGAAUCGACCUCAAGGCGGAAUUCCCUGAAGUUUACAAAUGGACCAAACACAUGAUGAGACGACCUGCUGUGAUGCGGGCGUUGAAAGGUAACGAAUAG